AGUAGGGAUUGGGAGGGUGGAGGGAAGCUGGUGAAGCCGCGGAUAUUCAUGAGAACGGAUAGGUUUUUUUUCUCUCUCCCCCAUCUCUCUCUCUCUCUUUCUCUCGGUGUGGUGAUACACUGCAAUGUCUGCAGACAGACAGACGGACAGAAGACAGAGAGGCAAGGAGACAAGUAAAGCGAAGACAAGGCCCAUCCCAUCUUACCAUUGAUCUUCAGGCGAUCAAGACCUGUUAUCGCUCCGUACAUCUACGCUGACUCUGCUGUGAAGGGAGAAGAUUCAAGAAUGAAUACAGUCGAAUCAAACGAGGAGUUUAAAAUUUGAUGUCACAGAUGAAGCAGCAUUAUCUAGAAAGACUUACCCAACCGAGACUGGAUCCAAGUGACCGUUCCCACUGCAGAAGACAAACCUGAGCGUCGGGAGAGACCUGCUGCAGAAUCGUUACAAUUCUUUUGGAUUCUGGGUGGCUGAAGAAUGACUGAUUGGCAGGAUUAAUUAACGUAGCCAUCAUGUGAUCCACUCUACAAACUGGAGGAGUGCUGUGAAGAAUUGGUGGAAUGAUACCUUUGGUAGUGUUAUCGGGGAUUUUUAUUUGUGUCUUUGGCAGAUUCUUCUGAGCAAGGGAGGAUGACAAUUGCUUUUUGAUUGCUCUUCCUCUAUUUUCUGGCUUUUUGGGAAAAACAACAACAAAUUUUUGCAUUUUGGAACCUCUGAGGGGCAGAUAGAAGCCCCUUUAUUGUUUUACAGCAGAGGAACGCCUGGUUUUAUCUAUUUGAAGAGCGGGGUGUCUAAACAGUGCAGGGGCUGCUGUUAGCUGGCUGAGUCAGCUCCAAUGGGGGCCGGUUUUGACCCGGUCUGACCCCGGUUUGAGCUUGCAGUGACCUCUGUCCUCUCCGGUCCUGGCUCUCCACCUGCUCUGCUGCCUGGGUUCCGGAACGCUCCGCCCUGGGGCCCAGAACGAGCCAAUCAGAAUGAAGAAGAGCCGCAGCGUGCUGUCGGUGACUGGAGAAGAGGGGAACGACUUAGAUGUAACAGAUGCUGGGGAGAAGGCGGAGUCAUCCCGCUACAGCCGAUCCUACACGUCUGGGGCCACGCUGGGGGCCGAGCUGCGAAGAGGACGGACCAGAAGACUCUCUCCCAGUCUCCAGGUACCAUGCUGGCUCCGUCCUCGAGAUCGCACCCGUUCCCCCGACAUCCUGAGCAAUAUGUCACGUCCCACAACGCUCCCUCUUCGCAUCCCUCCACGCAUCUCCAUCACACAAGCAGACACUGACAGUUAUGAAGCAGAGAAUGGCGUGUCUCCAGCUCACACCCCUCUGGGCUCGCAGAGCCCAAGCCGCGCGUUGCACACCUCCCUGCCUCAGGGCCAGAGAAGAGAGUCUUUCCUCUACAGAUCCGACUCUGACUACGACAUGUCCCCCAAGGCCGUCUCCCGUAAUUCCUCCCUUGCCAGCGAAGGGCACACAGCAGAAGACUUCAUCGUCACACCUUUUGCUCAAGUACUGGCCAGUCUGCGAUCAGUACGAAGCAACUUCACCAUCCUUGCCAACGUCUCCACACCCACAAUCAAGAGGUCUCCUUUAGGUGGCGUAUGUGUCAGCCAAAGGGGAACACUUUCGGAUCAGCAGUACCAGCAGCUGGCCUUGGACACACUGGAGGAGCUGGACUGGUGUCUGGACCAGCUGGAGACCAUCCAGACCCACCGCUCCGUCAGUGAAAUGGCUUCCAAAAAGUUUAAAAGGAUGCUGAACAGAGAGCUCUCUCACUUGUCAGAGAUGAGUCGCUCUGGGAACCAGGUGUCUGAGUACAUCUCCAGCACCUUCAUGGACAAACAGAACGAGGUGGAAAUCCCGUCUCCGACGCUCAAAGACAAACCCAUGAGUCACAUCAGCGGCGUGCGGAAACUGUCUCACAGCUCCAGCCUCUCCAGCGCGUCGAUGCCUCGCUUCGGGGUCAACACGGACCACGAGGAGGAGCUCGCCAAGGAACUGGAGGAUCUGAACAAGUGGAGUUUUAACAUAUUCAGAGUAGCAGAGUUCUCCAACAACAGACCCCUCAGCUGUAUCAUGUACGCCAUCUUCCAGGAGCGUGAGCUCUUGAAAACAUUUCGAAUCCCCGUGGACACUUUUGUCACUUAUGUGAUGACCCUGGAGGACCACUACCAUGGAAACGUAGCUUACCACAACAGCCUCCAUGCCGCAGAUGUUGCCCAGUCCACACAUGUGCUCCUCUCAACACCUGCUCUGGAUGCUGUCUUCACUGAUCUGGAGAUCCUCGCUGCUCUGUUUGCUGCUGCCAUCCACGACGUAGACCACCCCGGAGUUUCCAACCAGUUCCUCAUCAACACCAAUUCAGAGCUGGCAUUGAUGUACAACGACGAGUCGGUCCUGGAGAACCACCACCUCGCUGUGGGUUUCAAACUCCUGCAUCAGGAGAACUGCGAUAUCUUCCAGAACCUCACCAAGAGGCAGCGACAGAGCCUGCGCAAGCUCGUCAUUGACAUGGUGUUGGCAACAGACAUGUCCAAGCAUAUGACUCUGAUGGCUGACCUGAAGACUAUGGUGGAAACCAAGAAGGUGACGAGUUCAGGUGUUUUGCUGCUGGACCACUACACAGAGAGAAUACAGGUGCUGAAGAACAUGGUCCACUGUGCAGACCUGAGCAACCCAACAAAACCUUUGCCGCUAUACAGGCAGUGGACGGAGAGGAUCAUGGAGGAGUUCUUCCGACAGGGCGACAGGGAACGAGAGAGGGGGAUGGAGAUCAGCGCCAUGUGCGACAAACACACUGCCUCAGUGGAGAAGAGCCAGGUGGGCUUCAUUGACUACAUUGUCCACCCGCUGUGGGAGACCUGGGCCGACUUGGUGCACCCAGACGCCCAGGAGAUCCUGGACACCUUAGAGGAGAACAGGGAGUGGUACCUGAACACCAUGCCCCAAUCACCUUCGCCUCCCCCGGACAGACACCUCCAGCACGACCGCUUCCAGUUUGAACUCACGCUCGAUGAGCUGGAGUACAACAAUCACAACAACAUGUACCGAAGGAGCAGUAGUGGCGGGAGGGGCAUCAGGAACAGCCUGAAAGCCAUUUGCGAUGACAGCAACGGAGAGAGAACGCCGGGCGAGCAGGAGGAAACGGGCGAGGAGGAUCAGAACCACACUGAAGCUGAGGAGGAUGACGAGGAGAACCACAACAGUGAUCAGAGUGGAAUCCAGGAGGAGGAGGAGGAGGAGGAGGACGAGGAGGAGAACAUUGCAGGAAAGGAAGAGGAGGAAGCCAUGGAGGAGAUUGAGGAUGUUCUCGAGGAGCAAAAAGAAGAAAGUGAAGAAGUCAUUGAUGAACACAAUGAAGAAAUUAAAGAAGACCACGAGAAAGAUGAAGACACCGAGGAAGAAGUGAACAAGGAUGAGGGUGAAGUUGAGGAAGCUGAAGCUGAAGAAGAAGGCAAAGAAGAAGAGGAGGAGACCGAUAUGGACAGCAAAGACGAGGAGGCAGAGCAGGAUGUAGCGGAGGAGGAAGAAGAAGCCCCUCAGGACGAAGAAGAAGAAGAAGAAGAAGAGGAGGUACAAGAGGAAGAGGAGAGUUAGCUGAACAGACAAAUGAUCAGGGUCAGUGAGGAAAAUGUGUAAAGGAGGGAUGAUGAAGAGCCAGAGAGGCUCCUAAAGGCAGCAAAGUGGCUGUAGAAGAGGCAAAAAGAGCUGAAACAUGUCUGUCCUUCCAGAUAAUGCACUCUAACUGCUUUACCAUCUGGAGGUCAGAUUGUUAUCUUCAGAGCAAUAUUUUGCACCAACAGCGAAGUGCUGGAGACAGGAAACUUUCGGGAUUUUUCUGAACAGGUUGAUUGUUGCAGAAAGCGGAUCAUCCGGUAGUGACAGAAAAUAGGGUCUUCGAAACCCUGUGUCGGUGCGUCUAUCACUGCCGUUAGGGAUAAAUGGGGACAUUACAGUAACAUUUUGUAGCUCCUGGAGACAAAUUAAAGGAAAAAAAUAAUAAUUAUUGCUGAAAUGCGUACAUGCAAAUAAGUGUGUGCCUGUUUUCCGGUUGUUAUAGACUGUCACACGUUGUCUCUUGGUCACCGUCUAAUGUCUUAUUGAUGAGGACCAUAACAAACAAACACAGACCAUUAUAACUCAAGAACAAAUAUUUCAAACGAUUACAGAAAAGAAAUGCAAAAAUACUGUGAGAAAGGUGUAGCUUGUCGUCUUUAAUCUUUAAUACGAACCCCUUUUCAACCCGUGAGCGGUGUGUUUCAUACACGGUGGUUGAGAAACGGUGUAAGCCCCUCACACCCAAAACCCUGCAGCAACGAGGCCGGAUUUCAGACCCCAUUUCUAAAUAAAACACAGACGGCUCUCGUCACAAUGGAAACCUACAAGGCUGAUGUAUUGUAUGUUGUCGAUGUUCAGUCGUGUGGAGAUAAAAAAAAAAAAGAUAAUAAUCACACCAAGUGUUUAUGCCAUUGUGACAUUGUAACCUGAGUUGUGCCAAACUGUCCCACAACCAGCACUGAGCAAUGCAGCCUCCAGACACGGUGGCUACUCAUCACAAGCAAUGAAUCUGUGGGACCAGGCCGGCAGGUGUGAUGGUCUUCCACAAAUUUAUGUUUUUUGCUUUUUUUGUAAAACAAAAUGUAUUUGGCACUUUAUCAAACACCCUUGUUGCAUAUAUGUACAUAAUAAACAUGUAUUUUAAUCUGCUGAUGUCAUAUAAUAAAUAUGAACAAUUGA